AUGCAGGCAACUCUCUCCUAUCAGAAGAGCACUGUUGCUGCUAUAAGGAAUCUAGAGAUGCAGGUUAGUCAAAUAGCCAAGAAAUUGGAGGAGAUACCUAUCAAUUGUUUUGGGGCUAACACUGAAGUUAACCCCGAGGAAGAAUGCAAGGCUAUUGUGACUAAGGCACUUCCUCCUAAGGUUAAAGAUCUAGGAAGUUUCACUUGCACUAUUAUGGGCCACAAAAUAGGGAAAACCCUAAUUGAUUCAGGAUCCAGUAUCAAUUUGAUGCCCUUAACUGUUCUUGAAAAGAUUGGUGGUCUUGAAGUCAAGCCUGGAAAGAUGACUCUUUUUAUGGUAGAUGGAUUCACCAAAAGGCCCUAUGAUGUGGUAGAAGAUGUGAUGGUUCAAAUUGACAAUCUUAGAUUUUUGGUGGACUUUAUGGUAAUGGAGAUGGGGGAAGAUUUGGAGAUCCCUAUUAUUCUUGGAAGGCCAUUCAUGAAGACGACCAAGGUGGUCAUCAAUGUUGAUGAUGGAACUAUAGCACUUAAAGAAGGUGGUUUUCAUUGUCUUCAAUGCUGA